AGAGGGUGAACGAGUAGGCUGCGGUCGCCCAGGACAGCUCGAUUCAGAUGGCACGACACAUUUGACGGCAACCUGCCGGCUCGCUCUCUGGCAACGAUGAUCUUAAAGGAGUAGUGACAACCAUAUUGCUACUGACAAAGGACAUUCGUGACAGGCAGCCUGUUUAGCUCAAGAGAAUGAAUGUUGAUGAUCAAAGCAUGAGAUCUGGCUGCAGACUCGGAUGGCGGACCGGAAUGAGAUCCAUGGCCUGGACUGCGCAACGAAAAUGCCUGCUGGAUGCCUGUCAUCAAGACGAUGCUGUCGUGGCGGAAGAAGCGGGCUUCGUCUGUCGUUGACCCGAUGGCUGUGUGGCACUCAUAGUCGGCAAUCUCACAGUACGCUACAGCUAAGAUACUCCUAAUGUGAAAAAACAUAGAGCAGGGGAUAGACUUGAUGUGCUAUUGGAGGAUCAACUGCAGGCGGGCCUGCUCGAUGCGCUGGUUGAUCACAAAAAGGAACCGCUUCUCAAUUGAUCUUAGUCUUCGUGCAGCAAUCAAGAUACAGCGGCUGCGAUGGGAAGCCUUCUAGGUAGUUUUGAGAUCAUUCAAGUACAGUCGCGGAUAACACCAAGGAGCGCAGAGCUAGACAUUCGGAGGCCGCAGGAAGAUGCUCGAGUCGUCAUGAUCGAGUCCUUGGCCGGCGCCGGCGCCGUGGAUGUCCACAGGCGCCUAAGCAAUCGCCGGUCGAUUCAGAUGACACCACGGCCGGACAUCUACUGUAGCUAUACAGGACUAGACAGUCUCGAUAAACUACAGCCUAUGAAAGCUCUGGA